AUGGCUAACCUGGAUUCAUUCGUGAAAUCCAGCAAACCAAGGCCAACCCCUAUCGCAACCUCGCAGGAAAUUCGGGAUAGAGGAUCCACGUUCGUUGCAUAUGCAUACAGAGCCUACUCACCCCAAGAAGCAGGCGAAGUCGUAAAGCAUGUAAAGCACGUCGUGCAUGGAUCCAAACCCGCCACCCACGAGAUAGCUGCGUGGCGGUGCAUGGUCCUUCGACCGGGACAUACUGGAUUGGCAGGUCCAGAUGACUUUCAGCUGCAGGCUGGGAGCGACGAUGAUGGUGAGAAAUGGGCUGGAGAAAAGAUCCUCAAAGUCAUGCAGACGGAGAGCGUCCUCGAUGCGGUAGUGAUUGUCAGCCGAUGGUAUGGCGGAACGAUGCUUGGGCCAGCCCGAUUCUCUCAUGUGGAGACUUGCACUCAUGAAGUUUGUCGCAUGUUCAAGCGCAAAGACGAGAUGGACGAAUGCAUGUCGACCUUGAAUUCCCUAGAUGACAUCCUAGCCAACUUACGAUCCCAAUUGGAGGAUCUGAGAGGCGGGGAGCACACUGCCACCCUGGCUGAGAAACAACUUACCUCCAGAAACGAACAUGCUAAACGACCUGACUACACCGCCAUGGUACUGGCCGAAGAUCUGCCUAAAGCAAAAAGGCUCAUCAACGCUCGAGAGAAAGCUAUCCAGGCUGUCAAGCUCUCGAUUGGGAAAUCUGCAUCUUCCACCGCUGCUCGCAUACCGAAGUCUGCGCAAUGA